CCGUGUCUUCGUAUCAGCUGCUUUAUUGUCACCUGAAUACCUCAGCAAGCAAUGCCAAAGCAAAAAAAGUCAGUCUUGCAAAAGAAGUACAGGAACAAGGAACUGGAUGGGUUUUCCUUGGUACGGACAGAGAUUUAUCACGCCACUAGAGGAGAAGUAGACCCCAGGACGAGACAAGAUGUCCUGAAGAAAGCUGCGCGGCUGAUUAGGGAGCUUUAUGUGUUGAACGCAGAGUUGCAGUACCAGCUUUGCAAAUCCCGUCCCGGGUCCGACAAACCACCGAGUUGUGUCGGAGGGCUCCAGACACCGAUUAGUCGUUGCACGGAGGACUUGCAUUCUCCCAUACUUUACGACUGUUUUAUCGAGCCAAACGGCGUCGCAUUCCAGGUUGCAGAUGUCACACCGCCAACCGAAUUACAGUCAUUUGUCACCAGCACAGGCUAUGAACUGUGCGAUACCAACAUGUCAUUGGGGAACAUUGGUCAUUGGAGCCUGGAUCACCAGUUAAAGAGUCCGAGUACUGCGUCCUGCUACUGCCCACCGUAUAAUCAGCUUAUCAUCCUGCGAUAGAUAGUUUGCCUUUGUAUGAACGCGUUAUCUAAAAGAAGAUGAAGAGGAGAUGAAAUAUUAAAUUGACGCGAUGGCGUCAGAUGAGCUUUAAUAUUUGCUAUCCGAUGAGUCUAGACUGAGGAUGGAUACAGGAGGAGAGAUCUAUGAGGAUCAAGCGAGCUUUAAGAACGAAUCAAAGUGAAGACGACAUAAGUGAUUCGUUAUCUAGUCUCCUGAAACUUAAUGCUGCCGCCGUACAACAGAUGUCCGCAGCCAGCGGAUGGAGCGCACUUGUACUCGACGAAUGCACCAUGUACAUCAGUGGAAAGGCACUGCGAAGCG